AUGAAUGAAUGCUUGAAAGUACAAAAACCAGAUUAUGAAUGCAUGAAAUAUGCAAUAAUAUCACACAAUAUCGAUUUUGUCACAUUUUUGAUGAAUGAACACAAUAUAAAAAUUGAUUUAGAAUUGUGCUCUAAAUACAAUAAUCUUCAAUCAUUUUUAGUUUACUUAGAUCAAACAAAUGAUAUCAACACAUGUUUUGUUUAUUCUCCUAAUUUCCAUCUUUCAUCACUUUUAGAAUAUUUUAUUUCAAAUGGUGCAGAUAUCAAUGCUAAAGACAAAUAUGGAUGUACCCCUCUUCAUUAUACAGCCAGUAAUAAUUGGAAAGAAAUUGCAGAAAUUCUUAUUUCAAAUGGUGCAGAUAUCAAUGCUGAAGGCAAAUAUGGAUGUACCCCUCUUCAUUAUACAGCCAGUAAUAAUAGUAAAGAAACCGCAGAAAUUCUUAUUUCAAAUGGUGCAGAUAUCAAUGCUAAAAACAAAUAUGGAUGUACCCCUCUUCAUUAUACAGCCAGUAAUAAUUGGAAAGAAAUUGCAGAAAUUCUUAUUUCAAAUGGUGCAGAUAUCAAUGCUAAAGACAAAUAUGGAUUUACCCCUCUUCAUUAUGCAGCCAGUAAUAUAUGGAAAGGAAUCGCAGAAAUUCUUAUUUCAAAUGGUGCAGAUAUCAAUGCUAAAGACGAAGAUAGAUGUACCCCUCUUCAUUAUGCAGCCAGUAAUAUAUGGAAAGAAAUUGCAGAAAUUCUUAUUUCAAAUGGUGCAGAUAUCAAUGCUAAAAACAAAUAUGGAUUUACCCCUCUUCAUUAUGCAGCCAGUAA